CUAAGCCUUUUAUUAAUUUUGGGCUGAUGGUGGCAGAAGCAUCUCAUGACUAUUUGCUACUAAACUUAUCAUGUUGUUAAGAAACCUUGAAAAAUAUAAAAGAAUAAUCUAAUAUUGUAUAUUUUUUCAGACGCUUAUCUGUUUGGGUACUAAAAUAUAUUUUAUACAAACAGGCUUUUUUUUAACAUCUCUUUUUUAUUAGAAUAAAUGUAAGCAUGUCUGGUUCAAGUAAAGCAAAGUCCAAAAACAAAGAAGGUAAGACUAAAUCAUCGAAAAGUGAUGCUGAUAAGUUUACUGAGUUGGAGCAUCAACUUAUUCUAAGACUGCCAGAGCCAUAUGCUGCCACUUUAGAUCAUGCUUUACAAAAUGGGGGACUGAAAGAUCGUUUGCAAAUAGAGUUUGAAGACAAUGUGAGAAAUGCAAGUGUGAAGUUUGAUGAUGUAUUGUUUCGUGCUAAAUUAUAUGAUUUACCAACAAUAACCGAAUCCUGGAAAACAUUUGACAAGAAAAGUUUGUGGAAGACUGGCGACAUAUGUCAAAUUUUAAUUUGCAAGGAUCCAGAAAGUGUUGAAAUAAGUUCCGACGAAGAGGAAACAUCUUUCGACUACCUAAAAAAACAACUUCAUCAGGCAAAAAAAUAUCAGUAUCCUCAUGGUCUAACCCCUCCUUUAAAAAAUGUACGAAAACGACGUUUCCGCAAGACUGCGAAACAGAAAUACGUGGAUGCACCUGAAAUUGAAAAAGAAGUUAAAAGGUUACUGCGUGCAGAUGUAAGUGCUGUCGAUGUUAAAUUCGAAAUUGUUAAUGACGAGUUAGAAAAGCAAAAGCAGGAAGAACAGGAGGAUGAAAUCGAUGUAGGUGGACCUUCAAUUGAACAAUUUGAUGAGCAUUCUAACAUGAGUAGCGUUUUAGGUUCAGAUAACGAGGGUGGACAAAAUGAAGCUGACAUAUUACCAGACAUCAGUAGUAGUGAGGAUGAAGAUAGCACACCAAAAUCAACAAAAGAUUCACACCAUUCGGGUCAUUCCAGGCUGAAACAUGCAGAAUGUGAGAAACGUAUAAAGGAAUUAAAAACGAAGCAAUUAGAACAGGAGAUGAAGAUUGCAAACGCAGCAAAUCCGUUUUUAAAACAGAGAUUUCAAACUGUGUUAGAUGAAAUGAAGAAAGAAGAGGAACAGCUGUUGGGUGAACUAGAUGGAAUUAACCUUUCACCAAAGUGAAUUGUUCAGGAUAUUGUGUUUUUUUACAUGCAUUUGUGUACUGUGUUUUUAAAACAAUCAAGAGGAUGUAAAAUCGAUUAAGCUCAUCGUUUUAAAUUAAACCUAUAUUCAUAAAAAAGGUUCUGUUGUUCAAUCAAUGAAUCUGCUUUUAAAUUUCAUAAGUUUAUCUCAUCUGGUAUGACUGACUACUGCACUAUCACAUGUGUCAUAUAAUUUUUUGUAUAAUAUGAUGUAAAAACCUAAGCAAAUUAAAAUAUAGAAAUUAAUUUCUUUGUUAUAUUUUUCGCUCUGGUAUAUUUAAAAGUAAUUGUCUGCACAAGUGACAUUAGGUUGUACUUGAAUAGUCAUGUCUUUCCAUUUAAAGUUCUCAUUCAAAAACACAAGUAAGUGCUGAAAAACUUUGUCUAAGACUUUUUCUGUCCCCAGAGCCAAACAUAAAUUAUAUUACUUAAGAACUGCCGUUUUCUAGAAAUUUAUCGUUUACAUUGACAUGUAAUUUAUGUGUAUACGGUAUUGUCUAUUAUUAGUAGCUGUUAUAAAUAUUUUGUUUAUAUCCAUAUACUCUACACGGAAAGUAUGUGUAUUGUUUUCUUAUGGAAACAAGAAAGAAAAGAGUUACUUUGUAACUUUAAGUUUA